AUGUGGUUAGUCAGUGAGCGUCGGGGUCGCGCCGACGGUGAGCACGGCGGACACGGCGCGCACGGCGAAGGCUUGGAGCACGAGACGCGAGGCGCGGGAGAGCCGCGCUGCUCGCUCCAGCGCACCGGCUACAGCACGGUGGAGUUCAAGAGCUCGGCGUGCGCGGGGGCCGCGGAGCCGCCCGCGCCGCCGCUCACCGCACUGCCGGAUCCCCAGCAGUUCAACAUCUUCCCGGCCUUCUUCAGCCGCCAGCUCAACUUCACGGGUGGCGGAGGCUGCUCCCAGGGUGCCAAAAUCAUGGAGGAGCUGCGGCCCAACCUCGUGGGAGGACUCCUCGGGGUACCGGGCCUGCUAGACGAGCACCAAAGCGACGCCAAGUUUCACCCGUCGGGUAUCGAGAGCAAGUAUACGCCGGACAAGGGACGGAAAUGUAGCAACGCUUCGUCAUCUUCCGCCGAGGAGUUCGGCGGCCUAUAUAGCGGAGACCACGCGGCCACACCACCCGCACCUCUAAGUCGAUCUCUGCAAGAUCACUCAGAAGGCGCAUUCAAGAAGCUAAAGCCAGAGCCGGGCGGGUCGGGGGGCGGGGGCUCAACGUCCGCGCUGUCGCCGGCGCUGGGCCCACAGCACGCUGGACACACGCCCACCACCGCCUCAUGCCCCACGCCAGCCAGGCGGAGACAUAGGACUACUUUUACACAGGAACAAUUAGCGGAAUUAGAAGCAGCAUUCGCAAAGUCUCACUACCCCGACAUCUACUGCAGAGAGGAGCUCGCGAGGACGACCAAACUCAACGAAGCCAGAAUACAGGUAUGGUUUCAAAACCGUCGUGCGAAGUACCGCAAGCAAGAGAAGCAGCUGCAGAAGGCUCUAGCGCCCGCCGUGCUACCGGGCUGCAACGGCAUGAUGCGCAACAUACAGGGCUACCGCGGCUACCAGCCGUAUCCACAUCCCAAUACCAUCAAUAGAUAUCCACAGUAAUGUAUAUAUGACAUUUAGUUAAUAUGACUUACUUUUGUGCAGCAUCACGGCAGCUACGAAGAGUUGCAGAAAGACAUAUUCUCGCUGUCUCAGAUGGGCGGCGGCUCGUAUCCCAUGCCGCAGGGCUUCUCUAUGGGCCACAGUGCCAACAUGUCCGCAGUCGGCAUGCGGCAAGACGCCAUGGGCAUGAGUGCAGAGGAUGAAUGGUACAACAAAUCGCUGUCCGCUUUACGAAUGAACAGCGGCCAUCAUGCAAACCUAGCCGCGGCACCCAUGCUGCAAUACCAGACCUAAUCGCUACUGCACGGCGCCGACUACUCGCCGGCGCCGGCGCAUGACUACGCGCCGCCUUAA